GCGCCGGGGCAGGGGCCGGACGUGACGUCAUCCCGCCCCUCCCCGCGCGGCGGCGACGUGGGUGACGUACGAGCGGCGCCCCGCCCCGCCCCCUCCGUGCGCGUUACGUCGCCGCCGCCCGCUGCCCCCUAUUGCCCCCCCCGCGCUGAGUCAGCCGCCGCCGGUCGCGGUGAGAGUGCGAGGCCGGGAGAUGCCGCGGGUCUACAUCGGCCGCCUCAGCUACCAGGCCCGGGAGCGGGACGUCGAGCGCUUCUUCAAGGGCUACGGCAAGAUCCUCGAGGUGGAUCUCAAAAACGGGUAUGGCUUUGUUGAGUUUGACGAUCUGCGUGAUGCAGAUGAUGCUGUUUAUGAGCUAAAUGGUAAAGACCUUUGUGGGGAGCGAGUUAUCGUUGAACAUGCCAGGGGCCCACGACGUGACAGCAGUUAUGGUUCUGGACGCAGUGGAUAUGGUUAUAGAAGAAGCGGAAGAGAUAAGUACGGUCCUCCUACCCGUACAGAGUACAGAUUGAUCGUGGAAAAUCUGUCAAGCCGUUGCAGUUGGCAAGAUUUGAAGGAUUAUAUGCGUCAGGCAGGCGAAGUGACAUAUGCAGACGCACACAAAGGGAGAAAAAAUGAAGGUGUGAUUGAGUUCAAAUCCUAUUCGGAUAUGAAAAGAGCCCUUGAAAAGCUGGAUGGGACAGAAGUGAAUGGCAGAAAGAUUAGGUUAGUGGAAGACAGGCCUGGAUCCAGACGGCGCCGCUCCUAUUCCAGAAGCCGAAGCCAUUCGAGGUCUCGCUCUCGAAGCAGACAUUCUCGUAAGAGCAGGAGCCGUAGUGGCAGUAGCAAAAGCAGCCAUUCCAAGAGUAGAUCAAGAUCCAGGUCUGGGUCCCGUUCUAGAAGUAAGAGCCGUAGUCGAAGCAAGAGCCGUAGUAGAGGCCAAAAGGAAAAAAGCCGGAGUCCAAUCAAAAAUGAUAAAAGUAGGAGCCGCAGCAGGAGUGCAGAGAAAACCCAGAGCAAAAGUAAAGACAAAGCGGAGGAUGCUGUCCAGAACAACGACGACGCAAAAGCAAAGAGCAGGAGCCCCAGCAAGGAAAAGAGUAAGAGUAAAAGUAGGAGCAGGAGUGGAAGCAAGGAGAGAGUGGAGGAAGAGAAGGAGAGCAUGAGGAGGAGGAGUAGGAGUAAGGAGAAAAGUAGGAGUAAAGAGAGGGAAAAGAGCAAGGCUAGGAGCAGGAGCAAGAGCAGAGAGGAGAGUAGGAGCAGGAGUCGUAGUAAGAGUAAGGACAAAAGGAAAGGAAGGAAGAGGAGUAGGGAUGACAGCAGAAGUAGGAGCAGGAGCCACAGCAAGAGUGAGAAAAGCAGAAGGCGCAGCAAGCGAGACAGCAAAUCUAGCAACAAGAAGAAAAAGAAGGAAGACCAAGAGCGGUCCCGGUCCAGGUCUAGGUCUAGAUCCAGAUCCAGAUCGGAGUCCAAGGAAAAGGAGCAUCUAAAACGAGAAUCUGACACAAAGGAGGUAAAAAAUGAGGGUGAGGAAAUGGACAAAAGUCAUGAAUCUCGAUCCAGAUCUAGGUCAAAUUCUAAAUCCAAACCAAAUGUCAAAUCAGAAUCUCGCUCCCGAUCAAAGUCAAUUUCAAAAACUAGGUCCCGGUCCAAGUCUAGAUCUAGGUCUGCCUCUAAAUCACCAUCCCGAUCUAGAUCAAGAUCUCGUUCGAGGUCCUAAACUUGCUGCAACCACACUUGAAACUAUAUGAAAAGUCUUUUGUACAUGUUUGGUAGUUGUAGCACAAGUGAUUGAAGUAGAACAUGUCAAUGCUGUACAUUUUUAACUACCCUAAUGGUGUGUCUGUAAUCGUUCAGUACAGGACUCCCUUUCUGCAAUGCCUUCUAGAUCAAGGCUAUGCAGCUCAUUUGCUGACUUGUAGAAAGAUCCCCUUUAUAACACAAUCCUCACAAGAACACCAAAAUCGCCUUGUUUUCCAAGAACAGCCUUACAGAGAGGGAGCACUGUACUUCGAUGGGUUUAUAAGGUUGGAAUGAUGACUGAUAGGUAGGUAUGGUGACUUCAGCUAUUUUUGCCCUUGAACUGAUGCCCUUUAAUGUAUGCCAUUUAGUGAAAGUGCUAAGUCUUAAGUUUCAUACUACUUUUGGUUUCAUAUUUUUGGAUUUACAGAGUUGUGAAUAGCACAGUCAAGAAAAUAGAUACCUGCAGUAACCCAUAGGGGAAUAAAAAGUAGAGUUCCAUAUUCUGGUAUUGUGACAAUAUCCUUGUUUUAUAUUAAAUUUUUUUAUUUUAUUUUUCCCCGUCUUGCAAAGUACAGUGAUCCCUGUUUCCAUGAAAUUUGAAUAAAGACUAUUUUUGCUUGA